GGAAGUCGAGUCGCUCUCACCAACCAGCACGAAACCCCCACUCCCCCCAUCGUCGCCUCCGCCACCCUUCUCGCUCAGACCCUCGCACACUCCCAAGAACCCACGGGGACCAAAGCAGCUAGGCAGCUCCCAUGGGGCGGCGCGGCCGUCCCAGGAGGCGCCCUCCGACGCCCUCCGAGUCGUCAGAGGACGAGGCCUUCAUGAUGCCGAUCGGCGCGGAGGUGGAGGUGCGCAGCGACGACCUCGGCUUCGCCGGCUCCUUCUACGAGGCCACCGUCGCCGGCCACCUGCUCUCCGAAGGCCGCCGCCGGCGCUACACGGUGGCCUACUCCACUCUCCUGGGCGACGACGGGGAGCCGCUCAGGGAGACCGCAGCCGCCACCGACGUUCGGCCCCGGCCACCGCCCGUGGAAAGGGAGUUCGCGAUUCACGAGAUGGUGGAGGCAUUCCACAGCGACGGGUGGUGGGACGGCGUGGUCGCCGCCGUUGUCCCGCCUCCGGUGACAGGAGAUCGCCGGCGGAGGGCGUACAGGGUAACGUUCCCCACAUCACGGGAGACGCUGCAGUUCCAGGAGACGGAUCUGCGGCCGCGCCGCGUGUUCGAGGGUGGGCGGUGGGUCCCGGCUGCAGAGGUGGACAAGGGGAAUCCUUUGUUCAGUGAGGGAGACGAAGUAGAAGUGAUUGCAAGAAACUUUGGUGAAUCCUGGAAUCCAGCUACUGUUCUUAAAGUGAUUGGUGCUACACAGUUUCAAGUACAGUACAUUCAUAUCGGAAAGGAUGAUGAAUCGGCCACUGAGAUUCUAGGUUCUCAAUAUAUUCGUCCAGCACCCGCCAUCACGCAUAUGGAUUCUAAGUACAGAUUUUCUCAUGCAUCUCAUGUUGAGGUCCUUCAUGAAGGUGGCUGGCGGCCUGGUAUUAUACUGGACGUUUUAGGUUCUGAAAUCAACAAGAAGUAUGUAGUGAACUUGAAGAAUAGCAAGACAGAUAUGGAUGAUGUGGAACCUGUGGAUGUUCUGACGGUGGAUAAUAUGCAGCUACGGACACAGUUUGACUGGGAUGGUAAAAAAUGGGCACGCUGCUUGAAAAAGCUUUCGCACCAAAACUAUGUCCAUGGGAUGCAUCCAUUUCAGAAAUCUUCUAAUGGGCCUCGAUUAACUUCUCGAAAAGGACCAAUUCCCGCCUUCUAUGAUGACUCUGAUAAAAUCAGUAAUAGACCUGGUUCUCGUCCUGACAAAAAGUUGAAGAUUGAAGUUGUGAUAUCUGAACAAGAUUCUCCUGUUUUGUCCAUUCCUGAUGAGAAAAAUAAAAUUAAUCGUGAACAAGAAAAUGCAGCCUUGGCAUUAAGGUCCAGGCUGUCACCUCCUUCACUGCCACCAAUGGCAGCAUUUGGCUCUCUGAGUUCAUCUUCACUUGCUCCAUGCUCUCAUCUUGAGCAGUCAUCUUCCAAGAUGAUGAUCAUACCCUCUAUGCCACAGAGUCAACAGUCUCAAGGUUCUCUAUUUGGAGCUUUUGGACAACCAAGACCUGUCCCACAGAGCCCACAAUUAGGAACGCGGUCACUUAUCUCAAAUUUUCGCAGCAUUGAAGGGUCAAAAAAUGUAUUAAGCAGUCAGGAUAAGCAAUCAACUGUUGGAACUGGGACUGAACUGUCCAGACAAAUGGAGGAAUGUGCUUCUUCUCAAACAGCAGUGGCUCUAGGGGAGAACUCUGAAACUAUACAUCCAUUGAAAGGGAUAGCUGCUCCUGCUAAAGCUAUUGAGGAAGACAUGGCUGAACUGCCUAAUGAUGUGAUUGCUGGAUGUGGAACACUUCCAAAAAUGGAUACACUGAGUUGUAUUGACGCGGCAUCACGAAAGGACAUUGGAGGUUCACAAGCAGGUAAUGGAAGACAUGAUCUUGAGCAAGGGGGCUACACAGGUGAAGCACAUGAUUCGUGCGGUCCCUUGUUGUCGAAAUCAGCAGCUGUGCAUGAGAGUAUCGUGGACAGGAAUGGCCGGGUUUCAGAACCCAUGGCAAACCAGCAUCUUCCAUUUGUGAAGAGCUCCCCAUUGUGGGCACAGGUUGAGGGACUGGAAAUAUUCAGGAAAACACCACAGCGACCAAAUUUCUAUCAGUUCCAGCAGCAUGGUCCAGAGGUCCGGGAAGGAAUGGCACUAGGUUUGAUGUUCUGUUUUGCUAAUUUAGCAGAAAGCAUAAACAGGCUGGAUGUUCUGGACGCCAAUGGACUACUUGAGCAGAAGAUGACGGGUCUCGCAUGGCUUGAGGCAAAUGGUUUUGAUGUCAAGGACCUGAGAUCACGCGUGGAAACUUUACUCCACACAAAUAAUAGUUGCUUUGAACUACGGGAUUCCAUGAGAAAGCUGGAGGAGAAGAUCACUCAUAAAGAAUCUGAGGACCGAGAACUUGGCACGCAAGUUCAAUCUCUAGCCAUGGCUGUCCAUCAUCUUGAACUACAUGCCUGUCUCAUGCGCAGCAUAAUGCGGUCCGCCAUCACGCAGAGGGUGAACAAUGCUAUGGAGAUCUCAAGGCUCAAGACAGAGGCGAAUGAUCUUGAGAGAUCAUAUCUAUCCAUCGCCGUGGCACGGUGAGUUCCGAGGUGAGCAUGUCGGCAUGUUUGUGAAUAGGUAGUUAUAUGUUACUCUGGUAUGUUGCAGCCCUCUGUAAAAUAGAUGCUGUGUAGAUAGUUCACAAUGCUAUCCUGGAGUUUGCCGUACAGGUGAGUCUUUUGUGUAUGGGAUCAUGUAUAUGUUUGUUAUAUAUACUAGGAAAAGGGUCCGUGCGUUGCAACGGGGGAAAACAACAAUGGACUUGUAAAAUGAUACCGAGUUUAAGUAGGACCUGAGUUGAAA